AUGAACAUGGAAAGGAACCCGUAUAAAAGAAGUAUAAAAGAGGAAAACCCCUAUCGCAUGAAAAGGGAAGAAAAUCCUUAUUUGAGAAAGGUAGAAAACCCGUACAUAAAAAAAGAAGAAAACUCAUACUUUAAGAAUGAAAACUCGUAUCGUCAGAAUCAAGAAUAUCUUAAAAAGCAGGAAAAUAAAUCCUAUGGUCCUAGAAAUGACAUGAUCCCGUAUAUUAAGAAAUAUGAAGAAAAACCGAUUCCGAUCGAGAAGAAAGAAAUCAAUCAUAAGUAUCGCAGAGAAAAUCCUUAUAUCAAAGAACACCUUAAAGAUCAACAAAACGCUAGUUUUGAUGUUGAGAUCUCUGACCCCAUCGUAACUAGUCCCGAGAGUCCUUCGGUCCUAAAAGUUGAUCGUUUUCGUUUGAGAAACGUUCCGGUUCAUAAGGAAAACCCUUACGCGAAUUGGAAGUUUUCAAGCAUUAAAGAUAUUGAUCAAAAUCAUGAAGCAAAAUGUAUAAGGUCUUCCGCAAGAAUUGACGAUCAGUAUAUACGAAUUGACGCGUUUACAGUUACUCCGAAGCCGGUAAAUUAUAAUUAUUUAAUUGAAAUUGAUUGGAAGCUUAAUGAAGAGUUUAUUGAUGCUGUAAGAAUUGAACAGGGAGCUGUUGCUGAACCAAAUGAUGUCGCUAAUGAAAAUGUUAAAGAUAAACGGAUAAAAGAUGAUGUUAUUGAACGCGCCGAUCGUGAUGAAGUCAUAGAUAAUGAAAAGGUUGAUGAUAUAAAAUCACCUGGAGAUAUUAAAGUUGUUGAUGACUCGAAAUCGUUAAAGUGCUUUUAUGAAUCGAAGAAACUUGAAGAAGCUAUUGAAAUUAAAACAGAAGCGACGACAAUAGUUGAACCACACAAGUCAAUUGAAUCCGAAAAAGAAAUAAUUACAACGGAAGAGAUGACUCUUGUUGAACCACAUAAGCAAGUCGAAUCCGAAAAAGACCUGAUUACAAUGGAAGAAAUGAAGCUUGUUGAACUACUUGAACAAGAUGAAUCAGAAAAGAACUUGAUUACAACUGAAGAGACGUGUUUUGAUGAAGCUAUUAAGCAAGAUGAAUCAGAAAAAGACUUGAUUAGAAUGGAAGCGUCAUUGUUUUAUGAACCAUUUGAGCAAAACGAAUCAGAAGAAAACUUGUAUAUAUCGGAAGCGACGAUAGUUGAUGAACUACCUGAGCAUGAUGAACCAAAAAAAGACUUGUUUACAACGGAAGCAACGAUAGUGUAUGAAACACUUGAGCAAAGCGAAUCAGACAAAGACUUGAUUUCAACGGAAGCGGCGACAUUUGAUGAACAAAUUAAGCAACCUGAAUCAGAAAAAGAAUUAAUCCAAAUGGAAGCGACGACAGUUAUUGAAUUGCAAAAGCCAAAUGAAUUCGAGAAUGAGAUGCAAGCGGAUGCAUCGCAAAACCCUCGUGAAGAGAGUAUUUCAUAUCCACUAAUUGUUUCUCCGAAGGAAGAUAAAAUGGAAAGAUUAGAAAAGGAAACUACUAAAAUAGCGGAGAGGGUCAACGCCAGUGAUAAAGUUAAAGCGCUCAAAAGCCAGCUUCAUCUUUUAUUUAAUCAUAAAAUGUCCGAAUCAGCUGCGCCAAAAGAAAAUUCCGAUCAAUAUAAAAUUGACAAUCAAGUAGUCGUUAAACCAGAUAAGCCAGUAUCAAAAUCAAGUGAAAAUGGUGUAAAAAAGGAACCAGGUAAAGCGAUUCAUGUGGGAAAUACAUUUUGCGAAAAAAGGACUAUAAAAGCCGACCAAGCUUUACAACUCUCACCUACCAAAGAUAAGCUAGAAAGGGGACUACCUGCUACACUAAAUGUUAAACUCUGUCAGACGUAUACGAUAUCUCAGAAGUCAAAACUUCCAAAUAGUGUACCUACAUACAUUUUGGUUGGUGAUCGAUUCGUUCGAGAGGAUAAAGCUUUGAUAGAUCUGGAUAAAGAUGAUUCAGUUGAAACUAGUUCAAUCAAUAAUAUAAAACCAGUACAGGUGAAAUUGUUGCCACCUGAGCUUCAAGAAAUCGAUUAUACGGGAUGGAUUAUGCAGCAAAUUGUUAAACCGAGUGGAUCUUUCCUUGAAGAAUUUGAAGGUUGA